AUGACGUUUACGGGUCGUUUCAUUUUUGCAUCAUCCACGCUGCCACGUGAACUACGCGUUCGCGUGGAUUUGAAAUUACUUACUCCAACCACGCGAAACCUUAGCCCCCCCCGUCACCACUUUCCCUCCUUCCCCCCUUUGCACUCUCUCUCUUCUCCCCUCCCCAACCAUCCGACCACUAUCACCCCCAGCCACCCAGACCGCCGCUGCGCCGAGCCACCCCCACCGCCGCACCACCCUACGACACCCCCUCCUUCUUCUUUCUUCUUUUCUCCUCCCUCACCUCUUCUUCCCUUUCACUCCCUCCACUGCCGCGCCACCACCACCGCGCCGCCUCCCAUCACUGCUGACCACCACCACAACCCCACCACCCUCGCCCCCUUCUUUCUUUACCCCUCCCUUAACCCUAACCCAACACCACAAACCCACCCCCUGCCACCACCUCAGACCGUCGCCGCGUCAGCAACACCAUCACCACAUUCCCUCCAUCUCUCUGUGUCUGAUUACUGUUCAUACAUACACCAGGUUCCGCCGAACACCGAUUCCUCUAUCAUUAGUUAG